AGUCCUGUACUAGAAUCAGUCCAUAUUAAACAGGAGAGUCCUGAACUAGAAUCAGUCCAUAUUGAAAGGGUUAUUGUCAGUUCUAAACACUUAAGCAGCUUGCAAAACGCUUUUACCUGUGCUGAGUGUGGGGAGAGUUUCACACAGUCUGAAAGCCUGGAACGUCACCAGCAAACCCAUACUGAAGAGAAACUAUAUAUCUGCGCUGACUGUGGGAAGAGUUUCACACGUUUGCAAAACCUGAAACGUCACCAGAGAACCCACACCGGAGAGAAACCGCAUGCCUGCACUGACUGUGGGAAGAGUUUCACACAGUCACAAAGCCUGAAACGUCACCAGCAAGUCCACACUGGAGAGAAACGACAUGUCUGUGGUGACUGUGGGAAGAGUUUCACACGUUUGCAAAACCUGAAACUUCACCAGAGAGCUCAAAGUCACCACCGAAUCCACGCUGGAGAGAAACCGCACGCCUGCGCUGACUGUGGGAAGAGCUUCAGAGAUUUGCAAAGCCUGAAACGCCACCAGCGAACCCACACUGGAGAGAAACCGCACGCCUGCGCUGACUGUGGGAAGAGUUUCAGCUGGUCAAGCACGUUGACACGACACCAGCGAAAGCACGCAAGAGAGAAACAGAAGAUCUGCGCUGACUGUGGGAAGAGUUUCACGCGCUUACAAAGCCUGAGACUUCACCAGCAGACCCACACUGGAGAGAAACCGCAUGUCUGUGCCGAGUGUGGGAUGAGUUUCACGCAGUCACAAAGCCUGAAACGUCACCAGCGAAUUCACACUGGAGAGAAACCGCAUGCCUGUGCUGAGUGUGGGGAGUCUUUCAGACGUUUACAAAGCCUCAAACUUCACCAGCAGAUCCACACUGGAGAGAAACCGUGUGUCUGCCCUGACUGCGGGAAGAGUUUCAGCUGGAUAUACAGCUUGAAAAGGCACCAGCGAUGCCACGCAGGGGUGAAUCCUUAUCACUGCUCUCGCUGUGGGAAGAGUUUGCCUGCUUGCGGUUCUCUCGAAAGACACACAUGCAAGUUGUGAAGGUUUAGUCAGACUGUGAGUGUGUGUUUUCAGCUGCACUCAGAAAUCCCAGUCUUUUUAAACAGCUGCUUAAUAUAAAUACUGUCAGAACUGCAGUAAUCAAACUACAGCUGAUGCAGACUGAUCAGUAUUAAACACAGCGCUCUGAAGCCCUUAAGCACAUUCUUAGUGUGCAAUACAAUGAAUAUACAGACGCCUCGGGGCGCUGUGCGAGGCAAAGCCGAGUGCCUCCAGCCCCUGACAACUCUCUACAUUCAACGCAUACGGUGUGGGGGAAAUUCACAGUUGUAGUUCUGUUGUAACGCUAUGCUUGAGUUUUUAAAUGUCGGAUUUCACUUCCAGUGACACACAAACCCAGAAUCUGAAAGAGGAGGCGUCUCUGCAGUAAAUAUCAGUGCAUCACAUCUGUAUCAAAGAACAGGAAAGCAUCUAAACACUAGCGUUCAGUGUGGAAUGGGAUGUGGGUGUUUGGAACUAGUAAAUGGUAAACGUUGGUAAGAUUUGAAGCAUGGUCUGGUCUCAUCCUUACAGAGGAACAAAGCAGUUAAUUCCAUGUUGAUCUGAAUCCACAAACCUGACAGGCUGGAGUGUUAACCUGCAGUGUAAAGAGACAGGGCAGUACACCUGCCAUCCACACAGCAUGCAAACACACACAAUACAGCACUGUGCAAAAGAGCUGGCCAAAACAUUAGGAACACCUGCCAUA